UAAUGCAUAUGGUACAACCCUUCUGUCAUUAUCCUCCUAUUGAUUCAACCUGAUUUCGCUCUCUCACUCUGACUUGAUAAAUUUCUGUUUUCAUUUUCCACUUUCCACUCUCACUAUUUAUUCGAAAAUUCACACACAUUUUCCCCUGCUACCAAACCCUUGAUUUUUCGUCGGGUGCUUGAGCUUGCUUGAUUGUCAUUAACAGCUGAUUUGACUGAAGAUUAUUCCUAAUUAAUCAGUAUGGCCGCGCAAGGCCGUCAAAACAAAACCGAUUCUCCAAAAGUGGAGGUUGGAGAGAUUGACACUAGUUCACCAAUCCGAUCUGUCAAGGAUGCCGUAACUCUUUUCGGUGAAGGUGCUUUUUCAGGUGAAAGAAUCACCAUCAAGAAAACAAAGGCUCGUUCUGCUGAUAGGGUGUUGAAGGAAACGAAGUUCCAUUUAGCACAAAAAGAGAUCUACAAGUUAAAGGAACAGUUAAAGAGUGCCGAAACUACAAAAACCGGUGCACUAACUGAGCUCGAACAGGCUAAAAGAACAGUCGAUGAUCUGACAGAACAGCUCGAGGUUACUAACAAAGCAAAAGAGGCGGCAAUGAAGGCCGCAAUGAAUCAAGCAAAGCAAUUUGAAAGCGGAGUAACAAACAUUAAUGACGGAUUAAAACAAGAUUUGGAAAACACCAAACAACAGUAUGCUGCUGUGUUUACAGAACUCGAUGCUGCCAAACAUGAGUUAAGAAGAAUCCGUCAUGAUCAUGAGACAGCUAUUAAAGAACAACAUGAUUCGAAGGAGAUUAUGUCGGUUCAAGAAACUAAUGAGCAAGAACAAGAAAAGGCAUUUGCGGAGAAAAACGUUCAAAAGUUGGCACAUAAAGCUGCACUCAAAGAAUCUGCGAAGAAAUUACUUGCUUUACGGGAACAGGUCAACCCAGAAAAGUCAAAAGAUCUUGGAACCGAAAGGUUACAAAGGGAAAUGGAAAAUGCGAGGGCUUUGGAUCUUGAUUCUUUGAAAACUGUGACAUUAGGGCUUGACGGUGCUAAAGAUUCAUUGCAGAAAGUGUUUGAAGAAGAAAGUUGGUUAAAGAAGUUGUUGGAAUGUUUAAAGACUGAGCUUGAGAACAUUAGGAAAGAGCACAAAGAAUUGAAAGAGAAAGAAACCGAAACCGAAUCUGUUGUGGGGAAUCGGAACUCAAAGUUACCGGAUGCUUCUAAUGAAACGAUGUUGACUUUUCAACAGAUGAUUUCGGAGAAUGAAAAUGCAAAACGGGAAUCAGAAGAAAUGAAGAAGAAAGCUGAAGAGUUGAAGAAAGAAGCAGAAGCCAUGAGGGUUGCUUUGGAAGAAGCUGAAAGUAAGCUUAAGAUUGCUUUAACGGAAGCCGAUGAAGCCAAAAAAGCCGAAAUAAAGGUAAUUUCCGAACGAACUGAUGCUGCACAUGCAUCAUCUUCCGAAUCAUCAGGAUCUAAAAUCGUGAUUUCCCGAGAAGAAUUUGAGGCGUUGAGUAGGAAAGUGAUUGAAUCAGAGAAACUAGAAGCAACCCAAAAGGAGAUUCUUGAUUUAAAGGCGGCAACAGAGACGGCAAUGAAGCGUGCAGAGGCGGCGGAGACAUGCAAGAAAGCGGCAGAAGGCGAGCUGAAAAGGUGGCGAGAGAGGGAACAGAAGAAGGCUGCAGAAGCAGUGGCACUCAUACUUCAAGAAACACAAAUGCAGCAAACACAGUCUUUACCGUCAACCCCAAAUCACAAGCAGACUUCAUCCCCGAGACAGAAGAUGAAGAAGGUUCUCAUCAGCAAUCUCAGCGGCAUAUUUCACAGGAAGAAAGCACAAGUCGACGCUGGCUCGUCGCCUUCAUAUUUGCCCGGCGAGAAGCCUGUCUAAACUAUAGUAUUUAUGUGUGGUUGGUUGGUUUGUACAGUAUAUAUGUCCAACCAAAUCUGAGUUUAUUUUCUUAAAUAACCCGAAAACGACACCCAAAUGACUGAAACUUUUCGCAACUCCGGGAUCAUUAGAUUAUGAUAUUACAUAUUAUAAUAAGUUUCGAUACGCGAUGUUAAA